AGAGGGGAAUUCGACUCCCUGAUCAUGCUGGACGGCGACACGCUGGACGUCUAUGCUGGCAAGAUCAGCGGGAUGAAGGCAAGCUUCGCGAGCAUCGGAUCGACGCUCGAUGACGCAGCGUUGGUCAAGAAGCUGCUCGACACUGUGCCCGACCUGUUGUAUCCGGCGGUGGCCGGCAUCGAGCAGUUUUGCGACGUGGCGUCCAUGCUGUUCGAGGAGGCGCUCGGGCGGCUCAAGGCGUUCGACGAGCGAUCGCGGCGGCGAGCUCAGCUGACGGGCAGACAGGCGACGUCCGGUGGUCAAGGCGGCGAACGGCUUCUGCUCACGGAGGAGGAAUGGCGGGCGCGGCGCAAGGCGAAGUCCGGCAUUGGAAAAUGCUUCAACUGCGGCGUCCGUGGCCACUUCGCGCGCGACUGCCGCAAGCCAAAGAAGGAGGUCGUCAUGGCGGCCACGGCGGAUGUCGGCGAGGAGUCGACCGAAGCAGCUCUCCUCUGA